AUGGAGAACCGUCCAGAAUUCAUGAACUCGCAGGCUGUGAAUAUAUCGUACGAUACCGAUAUGACUAUACCUACAUACUACCAAGUCAGUGCUGACCUGGAAAACCAAGCCGUGCCAGUGACCCUGCACGUGUCUGAUGCCUCCAUCCCGUCUGUGAAUGGACUCCACGCAGAACGACCGGACGUGUUGGCAUUGGCAACGGCCACCCUCCUCCAGGGGAGUUACUCGGAUACGUCUGGCUACAUACCAGUCCAGAACCUGGUCCUCAGUCAUCAGCAGUGUUCCCAGUUCACGCAGCUAGGAUCUGUGCUGGAGUCAUCAUUAAUCCAGGGAUCCUCCGGUCAAGAAGGCAUCAUCCAGGGUCACGAGGGCGUCAUCCAGGGUCGAGAAGACAUCAUCCAGGGUCAUGAGGGCAUCAUCCAGGAUCACGAGGGCAUCGUUCAUAGCCUCGCCAGUCACGAACGGCUGAUCGAAGGACAGGUGGCUCACGUAGCUCUCCUUCAAAGACAGGCAGCUCAAGACGGGCAGUCCGGAUCUCAGUGUCACAUCUUGGAAAGUUCCGGACUCCAAGGGCAGACGACUGAGAUGCACCACCCGACGACCGGUCUCCACGGCGGCACACUGAUUCAAUUACCCACAAUGCAGCAGCAGGUGGAAGCUGGGAUGGUGUUCGGAGGUCAGCACGGCUCGGCGGGGGAUAAUCCGCUGAUGCUGGUGAAACAGACCUACAACAACACCUCCGACUCCAUGGUGGUCUUUCUGAACUCCUCCUCAUCAUGCACCACCACACUGACAUCAGCAUCAGACGCUGUCCAGUACACCGAGACUCCGGUCACUGAGACGUUCGUGGAGAAGAAGAAGAGAGCUAGCAGGCCGAGACCCGCCUCCAGGAAGAAGGACGUGCAAGGGAACAUUGGGAGUGCCAAGGCUAAGCCGGUCCAGACUCUGCCACCCGAUGGAAUCAUUUCCUCAGAGGAUCUUGGAGGUCUGGAGAUGACGUCCAACACCAUCAUAGCCCUGAUGAAGAAGAAGUUCACCAAGAAGGGGCUGAAGAUCAACGAAUGUCCGUACUGCAAGAAGGGUCUGUCGUCCAGGGAGGCACUCCGCACGCACCUGCGCACACACACAGGCGAGAGGCCAUACCAAUGUGAAGAUUGUGGGAAGAGUUUCAGCGACUGCAGCGUCUUCAGACGCCAUCAGCGCAUUCACACCGGCGAGAAACCUUAUGUGUGUGACAUCUGCGGAAAAGCGUUCAACCAAUCGACGUCUCUGGAAUCUCACAAGCGGACUCACACGGGUACGAAGAAAUACACUUGUGAGGUGUGUGGGCUUGGUUUCGACAAGCUGCAGCAGCUGGUUGAUCACUGCAAGACGGAGAACCACGGAAACAUGAAGACGUACAAGUGUCCGAAGUGCAGUGUCGAAGUGCAGGACGAGGUGACGCUGAAACGGCACAUGUGUUCGCACACGGGCGAACGGGCAUAUACGUGCCACAUCUGCGGGGCGAAAUGGGAGAAGCAGUACGGGCUGAUGGAGCACUUGCGUAUGCACGCUGGGAUCAGGCCGUACGACUGUCCUGACUGCGACGAGAGGUUCGUGAGGAAAGGUGACCUUCGUGUCCACCUGAGCAGACACUCGGUGAACAGGUUCACGCCUCACAAGUGUCAGACGUGCGGCGAAGGAUUCAAACAGAAGGCUCAGCUGAUGGUCCAUGAGAGAAUUCAUACCGGGGUGAAGCCCUACGGAUGCAAGGCUUGCGGCAAGUGCUUCUACUCCUGGAAGGAUCUCCGCGAACACAGGAGGAAACACUCUGGCAAGCGUAUCUACAAGUGUGACCUCUGUGGAAAGACGUUUGCCACGAUGAACACGUUGAAGAUUCACGUGAAGAUGCACAUGAAAACCGGCGCCAUCAGCUGUAGCACCUGUUCGAAGACAUUUCACGACACCAACGAUUUCGUCCAUCACACUAGAUUUGACCACAGUGCGAACAUGGAAAAUGUAGGAAAUACAGAUUCAUCAGAUAUGGAUGAUGCUGAAUUGUCGGCUAUUCCAGCUAAAAAGAAAAGGAAAGUUGUGAAACAUGCAAAGAAAAGAGAUGACUCAAAGCUCAAAUUGAAGAAGUCUGUGUCGGAAUCCCAGAAGUGUAGUUCCUCCAGUGAAGAAACAUCUAGUGGUAUAGGAAGUGAACAUGAUGAUGAUGAUGAUGAUGAUGAUGAUGCAUCAACUUUGGAUUCCUUCAACACUGAGGAUGCAGAACUGUCUGCUAAUAAACACUCCAGCACUCCAUCUGUUCAUGACAAUGGAUAUGCAGCUGAUGAUAAACAGUCAAGCAUCUCUUCAAUUCAGAACACUUUUAAUGAAACCAUUAAGUUCAGAACACAGUUUGUUCAGAACAAUGGACAUGUGACCAGUACUGAAGAAUUAAGCCAGGAGAUAGAAUGGAGUAAGAAUGCUGAUCAGAGUCGAAUGGAGAUGUCAGACUUUGGCAGAGAAACUGAAGGUCGGAAAUGUCCUUCCUCUAUGACACAAAAUGCUGAUGGUCUGUCUGAUGUGCAGUGUGUGUCGCAGAUGUCUUAUUCAGAAAAGGUGUCUGGUGUUGACAAUCUAGUCAGAGCCAGUGUGUUAUCUGAUGCUGUGUCUAUGGGGAUUCAAGUCACGGGAGUACACCCAGAGACUUCGCCCCUAAUCACAGCCAGUUUGGACUCCACUUCAGCAGUUAACUCAGAACAGUCUAGUCAUACAGGAGGUGGCAUUCUCGUGGCACCUGAUGGUGCUAGUAGGGUAUGUUCAGAGCAGUUCACACUGCUGACAGCUGCUCAUAGCAUACCAACGGUUUCCAUGGUUUCUUCAUUACAAAAUCUGACUCCUGUUGGACCCAAUUCCUUGCAAUUAAUUUGCAGUUCUUCAUUGAGCAGUGUGAAUGGAGCAGACACAACUAAGAAUGUUGAAUGUCUAACUAUGUUGAGUCCACAUGUUUUACAGUAUGUUCAAGGUGUUAAAAGUUUAAUGUGUGCACCAAGCUGUGAGAGUAGAACAGCUAACCAUGAGGAAGACAGUGUACAAGGAAUACAGGAGACAGAUUAUGGCAGGAACAGUCCUCUUGAGACAAACGUUGAAGAAAUGAACGUUAAGCAGACAGACACAUCACGUGAACAGCAAUCGAUGUCUCAUUUCCAAGACCAGAAUAACUAUGAAAUGUCGAAUAGCUGUGUUGACAAACUACAAGCAGUAGCAACUAUAACAGCAGCAACAGCUUCAGAUGAUACACAUUACCAUCAGGUCCAGGUUAAUCAAAAUCAGUUGGCAAGUGAUAGAAAUAAUGAUGCAGAUGUGUCACUUAACUUAGCUAAUCAUGAUAGUGCACUGCAGGCCCAAUCACAGAUUUCAGAACAUGAUAGAAUCAAUGACGAGCAGUCACACAUGUCUAAUGAUAAUGAAGUAAUGCAGGUAGAUGUGUCAAAUAAUGAAGGAAAAGUGAUGGCUGAAUCACAGGCAUCAAGCAGUGGAACCGUGCCCACAGUCCAGGUGCAUACUAUGGAAAGCAGCAGUUUAGAACUAACCAGCCAAGAUCAGAUUGUCAACUGUGGUCAGCAGAUACCAUCUAGCGAUUGUCAAGAUAAUAGCUACAUGUCUUACACAAAAUACUUGACCCUACCAUCAUCCAGCCUGGUUGAAAAUGCUUACACGUCCAUUUCUUCUGUUAAGGACUACACCAGUAAUUUGUCUUACAGCUUGCAGUUCCCACAAGCUUUUCAUUCACAGACUGUGGCCAAUUUUACAGCCAACAGCUCUGCCCAGGAAACAAAGCUUUAUUUAGAUAGAGGUUUCAGUUCCACUGCAUACAAUCUGCCUAAUGUUUCAGCAGUUUUUGUUGAGCAGCAGCCUGCACUUAAUGCAGGUGACUCUGAAGCCAUUCCAAGAAGUGUCGACUAUGCCAUCAAUCUUCAGACACUGAUUAACACAUCACUUGCACAAGAGGCAGCAAAGGUUGCCAAAGAUCUCCCACAACAGAGGAAGCAGGACAAAGGUUAUUCCAGGAAGUUUUAUAAAAGUUUGGAAUGCCAGUAUUGCGGGAAAGGGCUGUCCUCGGUCCCAGCGCUGAAGAACCAUGAGAUGAUCCACACAGGAGAACGACCUUACAAAUGUGAUUGUGGCAAGAGUUUUAUUGACUCUAGCACCUUUAAACGGCAUCAGCGCAUCCACACGGGAAUCAAGCCUUACAUGUGCGAUGUGUGUGGGAAGCAGUUUAACCAGUCCAACUCCUACCGCACACACAUGACCUGUCACACAGGCGAGAAACACUACAAGUGCAAUGUCUGUGGACACAGCUUCGACAAGCUGAAGAAACUGAUGGAUCACAAUCAGCGUGAGAACCACGGCAAUCUGAAGAAGCACACAUGCAGUGUGUGUAGUGCGGUGUUCCGUGACGUGGCCUCUCUUGACCGCCACAUGUGCAGCCACACCGGGGAGAAGGCAUUCAAGUGUGAGUACUGCAACAAGACCUAUGAGAAACAGUAUCAGUUCAACGAACACAUGCACUCCCACGCUGGUUUCAAGCCUUUCAAGUGCGACGUAUGCGGAGAUUCGUUCCUUCGGAAAGGGCAGCUGAAGUUCCAUGUGUACAAGCACCAGUAUGGACGGCAGUUUGAAUGUGAGUUCUGUCACCAGGCGUUUUAUCGCUCCACCGAUCUGAUCGUGCAUCGACGGAUACAUACUGGAGAAAGACCAUUCAAGUGCAAUCAGUGUGACAGGUCGUUCAGACAGAAGUGGGAGUGCAAGAAUCACCAGCUGUGGGACCACUCCACGGAGAAACCAUUCACCUGCGACAAGUGCUUCAAGACCUUCAAAAAGUCGUACAGCUUGAAGCUUCACAUGCAGAACAAGCACGAAAACGAGAAACGACACAAGUGUUUCGUCUGCAAGAAGAGAUUCAGAAAGCUGGAGAAUCUGAAAAAACACGCACGCAAACACCGGAGCUUGAACUGUCGACUGUGUGACAAGAACUUCCUGACGGAAAGGAAAACGCAGCAGCACAUGGAAAAGUUUCACAAGAAUGAUAAGAGAGUGAUGAAGAUCACCAAGAGGAAGGAGAAGAGGAAGCUGGAGUGUUCUGAGUGUGGCAAGAAGUUCUGCUUCAAGUAUGACCUGGAAGAACACACGCGACUGCACACUGGGGAGAGUAUUUAUAAAUGUACCAUCUGCAGCAAGAUAUUUUCGCGGGAGUACCACCUGAACAUACACACCAUGAAGCACACAGGGGAGAAGAGGUUCAAGUGUGAUGAGUGCGGGGAGCCGUUCACGUCGGGCAGAAAGCUGAAGAACCACCGCAUCGAGCAGCACGGGGCGAGUGAGGCGGACAUAUUCAAGUGUGCGAUAUGCCAGCGUGAAUUCUCCGAUCGCAACACGAUGAAGAAACAUGUCAAGUCGCACAGCAGCGAGAAACCGUAUGAGUGUCAGACGUGCGGCAGACGUUACCAGUAUUCGUGGAAUUUGAAAAUCCACGAGAAGUCCGCCCACACUGGUGACAUGCCAUUUAAGUGCAGGUUCUGUCAGAAGAUGUUCACACACAGACGUGACUAUCGAGACCACGUUAGGUCACACACAGAUAAUCUGCCUUUCAAGUGCCACGAGGCGAGAUGUGGAAGAAGCUUUGCCAGUCAAAGAGCUCUUCGAAUGCACCAGCCCAUCCACUUUGCUGCUAAAUGUGUAACUCCUGGUUCAGUGUCGGCAGUACCACCAACAGGACGAAAUCCUAGCGAGUCAGGAGAAAGUGACACAAAUGGAAGGGUACAGAUUACCAGUACUGAUGCUGGUAAUGUAUCUAUGCAAAGUUAUGCACACAGCUACCACAGCACAGUUGAUGAAGAAGUCCAACAUAUCAAUAAUAAUGCUAAUGGAGGUAGUAGUGUUUCUAGACAGAAAGAUGCAACAGUAAACUCUAAGCUAGAGAAAGGAAUAGAGCUAGGGAAUCAUGUUCAGAUGAAUACAGAGAAGCAAGGAGAAUACCAAGUACAUCAAGUGGACCAGUUCAGUAGUCGGUGUUUGAUUAUACCACCUGCAGAUUCACAAGCUGUCAGUAAUAUUCAACAAUGCCUUGUUCAGAAAGAUACACCUACCAUGAGAACUGAGAAUGACCAGCAGAACAGUCUUCAGAAAGAUUUACCUACUGUGAUCACUGUAACACAAGGAGUUGCCAGUUGUGUCCAACAUUAUCAUCAGAAGGAUUCGUCUACCAUGAACGUUCAGAUGCCCAGGAGCACCAAUCAUGUACAACACCCUCAGAACGAUUCACCUACCAUGAACGUUCAGAUGACCAAGAGCACCGAUCAUGCACAACACCCUCAGAACGAUUCACCUACUAUGAAUGUUCAGAUGACCAGGAGCACCGGUCAUUCACAACACCCUCAGAACGAUUCACCUACCAUGAACGUUCAGAUGCCCAGGAGCACCGAUCAUGCACAACACCCUCAGAAUGAUUCACCUACCAUGAACAUGGAAGUACAGAGGACUAUCAGCUAUGUUCAGCAACAUCUUCAGACAUCUACAGUGAUUACUGAUACAGACUUGGCUACCAGUCAUGUUCGGCAGCACACUAUGGCACCAACACAGUAUGUCCAUCAACACUAUCAAAAAGAUUUCUCUCCCAGUAACAUUGAGACACAGAGGACUAUCGGUUACCGUCAGCACUAUCAGAAUAAUUCAGAAACUAUCAGCACUGAGACACACGUGAGGACCAGUCAGGAUCAGCAACACCCUGUCCAGACAGUUUUGCCUAUCAUGAGCAGUAGAAUUGCCACCCGUGGGAAUUCUGUAGUGGAACAAAUGGGGGGCUAUAUGCCUUUAAGUUACAAAAUAGCUAACCAAGGUGACCACCAUCAUGUAUCUGAGUCACAAUCAAGUCCCUUUCAGCAAUCACAAAAUAACUCGGCCACUGAUGAGCAUGCUCGGUUACAGUCUGUUGGCAGUAGCAAUGUUGUCCUCCUUCAGCAGAUACCUGAUAACCAACGAAGAGAAAAAGAUAGCAAUCGAGUUCCUGUUUCUCAGGCAACAGGUGAAGCAACACACAGCAAUCGGGAUCUAAUUUCUCAGGCAAUGGGUGAAGCAACAAGUCAGAGUUUUGUCAUCAGUGUUCCUCGUACAAGCCUUAUUGCAAGUCCGACAGUAGAAACCAUAUUGCUUAGUAAUGCACCUUCACAGGCAGGAUCCACCAGUGAACAUCUUGGUGCUGCAAUGGCUGAUUAUCAGGGGCAAUCUUCUGAAUCUUUGAAUCCUAAUGUUGUCAUUGUAGAAGGAAAUCCCAUUAACUAUCCUGUUCCAUUAUAUAAACAUGGCAAUACAUUGUCACAGCCAUCAACACGGUCACAUUUUGGAGGACAUAUCCAGUUCAUUCAGUCUAAUGACAAAGUGUAUGCAUUAUCCAAAUCUGUGAAGGAGUCAACCGUUGCUGAAACCCAUCAUGGGCCAGCCCGGUCUGCUCAAUCACACAGCAGUGAUGGUCCUUGGAACAGAGUUGCUGAACCUGUGACAACAACAGCCUCAACCAAUUAUGAACCUGCACAGUCUAGUCACUCACAAAGUAGUGACGGUCCUUGGAUCAGAGCCACCGAAAUACAGCCCAUCUACACAUCGCACUAUGCUGAACAUCAUUCUAGUGAAACAAAUUAUGUGCUUCGUAAUAUUCAGCAAUCUGGAUACCAUUUGGAAUCGGCUAGGCAAGACCUUCAGUCAGUCAGUGUAGAGCCUUUUCCAUCCACCACAGCGUGUGAAAUAUCUCAAACUGAUUCGGUUGAUGUGUCUGGAAUUUCAUCACAUUUUCCUCCGUAUAUUCCCAAAUACAGAUACUUGCAAGAAAUUGGUGCACAGAAAUCUGGUAUCAUUGCUAGAACGGAGCAAGCAACCGAAGGUAUAGUUGAAACAUCAGAAAAUGGUGUUAAGAAAUGUGGAUAUUUACAAUCACAAAUUCCUGUCCAUUCAGUGUCAUCAGUCAUUAGCCAAGCAAUAACUCGGGCCUCAACAACCAUCUCGGCUACUGAAAAUCCACCUUUAUCAACUGAGUGCAGCUAUUCCAGAGCUCCCUUCGUCUCACCAGCAGUAAGCACUAUAGUUCAGAACCAAGCUCCCGUGAUUUCUGGGAUCAAAUCGGAGUUGAGCCAGCCAGAAUCCUGUCGGUCUUGGAAGAAGUGCAGAUUUGUAAAAGGACAUAGUCUAGUUGAUAGAAGUACCACAGACAGGCGAAACUCUGUUCAGCCAGUUUACAUAACCUCAUCACUUGGUUCUCAAACUUCUGUUAAGCCUGUGUAUACAACCAGUUCAAAUAUUUCUCAAACAACUGGGUCCAUAGCUGGUAAUACAUGCAAACAUUUUGACCAACCAGAUCCUAAACAUGUAAACACCGAUUUGCAGGAAUUAAAAUGUAAAUCUCAAACUGCUGGUUCCAUAACCAGUGGUACAUACACCCGUUUUGAACAAGAUUCUGAUCGUAUAUUCGCCCAUUUGCAGGAAUUUAAGGGUAAUUCUGAAACCAGUGGUUCAGUACCCAGUAAUACAUACAAACAUUAUGAUCAACGGGAUUCAGAAAAUAUAAGCAGCCAUUUGCAGGAAUUACUACCUGUUGGUCACAGUAGCCUAUUGCAACAUCACCAGGAGCAGGGCUAUGAUUUGAAGGGAAAUACCAGGUGCGAAGUUCAGUCCACUACUGAAGAGGAGUCUUCCAAUCUUGACGCUGGUGAUCUUAUUUCCAAAGCUGCUGUACCUGGAGAUUCAGCACAAUGGCAGCAUCAUGUUGCGAAUAACAGAUAUUCAGAAGAACCUGAUGCAGUUGCGAAUAACAGAUAUUCAGAAGAACCUGAUGCAGUUGAGAAUAACAGAUAUUCAGGAGAACCUGAUGCAGUUGAGAAUAACAGAUAUACAGAAGAACCUGAUGCAGUUGCGAAUAACAGAUAUUCAGAAGAACCUGAUGCAGUUGCGAAUAACAGAUAUUCAGAAGAACCUGAUGCACGGAAAUCUGAUUUGAUGUCUGCACAGGAACUGCUGACUGUGAUAUCUGCUCAACACCAAUACAAAUACGCUGACGAAACUGACAACAGGCCACUCUACAAAUUUCUUGGAGACACUAGGACAAGGAAGUCUGAUUUGAUAUCUCAACAGGAAUUGCUGAAUGUUGUUUCGUCUCAUCAACCAUACAAAUACGCAGAAGAAACUGAUGAAAGGCCACAUUACAGAUACUUGGGGGAUGUUGAUAACAGACGGCCUAGUGUAGAGGUUAUCACGGAUCUUACUUCACAAGCAUCUGAUAGUGAUACCCCUAGUACAGUAUCAACACAAGAAAGAUGUGUCACAGAAUAUUCUGGUUAUAACUGGACGAAACCAGUUGCUCUAAGUGCUGGCGAGUCGUUUACGAGUAAUACGAAUGACAACCUAGAAAAUACCAUCAAACAGUCUGAACACAACGGUAAAACUUCUAAUAUUAACGAAAAAACAAACAGCAAACCUUGAUUCUGACACCUUUAUAGAGUGUAGUCAUAUUUAGCUGUAAGUCAUGUAUAUAGACUGUGUAGCUAUUGCGAUUAUUGUGGAAAAUUAGUAAUUGUUUUAAAAACUAUAUGUAUGUGUGUGUGGAUAUCUGUUCCAUAAUUAAAUUCACUGGAUAUCCUAAUUUCUGGAAUUAAAAUUUGACAGACCUCUGAUAACUGAAAGAAGCAAUGUUUUAUUCAACGACAAACCAGGCCUCAGAAAAUUGUGAAAACAAUGGUUUCGUUCGCACGUCGUUCAUGCAAAUCUAAUUUAGUCUAACCUAUUUUUUGUUCACUUAUUAAAUUUAGCAUAUUAUAUACAUGGACAUAACUGGUUUUACAUAAAGAAAAAGGGUUACCUGAAUGUAUUUUUGCAUAGCCCAUAAACAGUUUACACAAAUGUUCAAUUAUCAGAGGCCUCCAAACUCAACACAUUUUAUAUGGCUUGUGUAAAUCGUGUAUGGGUUUAAUUGUUGGUUUUGAAAGUGUGUGUUAACCACUGGUUAAACGGACAUUCCUGAGUUUGCUGCAUUGUAAGAUGUUUCCGAAAAAUAAAAUAUUUCUACCAUUAAACUUACGCAUUAUAUAUAUUUUCUUAUUUAGAAUACCAGUGUCUGUAUAUUCAAUGUG